ACCUAUACAUACCAAGGCACAGCAUGCGGCGGCUUCAUUGGAUUUGGGCCUACAGGCCUUGUGAGGCGGAUGACACAUGGUUUGCUUGUUCACAUGACAACACAGCACCACGGCGGGACCUUGGACCCUAAGUCCGCCCAUCACCCGCCUGCCGGAGAUCUGCGUCGCCAUGGGAACACUGUAUAUUCAUGUCAUUUUCAUGCAGACCUUCAUGAUCCCAGGGACAAUAUUCAUGUCAUUGCUUGCUGGUGCCCUAUUCGGGCAACUCCGGGGCGUGGCUCUGGUUGUCUUUGCUGCCUCUGCUGCGAGCCUAUCAGAAUCGAACUGAUUGUCAUCCGGCUUAUUUGCGAUGAGGCAACGCAAAAGAAUCGCAACUCUUGAGAGACCAGAGGACGAACAUGCGUUGCUUUGUAUCAGGUACUCAAUAUGCCAGAAUAAAUCUGGUUUGCAUGAAGUUCUUUUAGGAACAACUGGGAGGAAACAAGGCACAUCUUUAAAGGCACCAUCCUUACCCUCCACCGAGUCAUUUGUCUGCAAGAUAAGAUUGGCAGAGGCCUUCAUAUCACUUGAACAUCCAUUAGUCACAAAAUUACGUCAAGAGAAGAUUGAUUAUCGUGCAAUUAAGGAUAUGGCUUGUGAGUACCAGCAGAUGCUUAAGCUUCUUAGAAAGGCUCCAUUUUUAGGCAGAUGGCGUGCUAAGCCAAGAUCCGUUGAUUCGUUUAUAGUUCCAUGGUGAUGACCAGAUCUUGAGGUUCUAUGCUCCGUCGCAGAGGCUGGUUCUUGAAGUUUCUUGAUUUCACCCCAAUUUUAGCAGUUUUGUGUACCAACUCUUUUAGCUUAUUUGUAGCAUGUGUGCUUCUUCACAAUACUGAUGUUUUGAACAGUGGUAGCCUAUAACAAACCUAUAAAGCCCUAUGAUAUUUGGCACCAUGAGGUGUUUAUAUGGAUCGGUAACUCUGUAACUCUUAUUAUUUUAAUUGUUGGAGAGGAAAACAAAAGUA